AUGUUUUCGAAUCCACCAGUGUUACUAGUGACCGACAGCGACGCAACGACGACUUCGCUCGACGCUCUCCCAUUAGGCAAGUCAGUAAGAUUUAUUUUUGAUCUACUCAAACCACAAACUGACGACAUAGUCCUAGGCAAACAAAUUACUCAAAUUCAAAAUAAUGGAAGGAGAGAUGUUGCUUUUGACUUAAAUGAAAAAGUGUUAGUAAGGGAUUAUAGAUCUCCAAGUUCUAAGUGGAAAACAGCUAUAUUAACAAAUAGUAACAAAAAUAUUAGGUAUCCCGAAAAAUUCCCUGGACAUGAGAAGGUCGUUCGAAUAAUAACCGGUGAAACUGCCCGCGAUUCAGUCAUACACUGGGCACUACCCGCAACACCGCCGUCGCACGCCGACCCAGUCGCCCAAUCUCCAGCGGCCAUCUCGACAGACGGUCGUACGGACACGUCUUACCCGCUCGAGGCCUCCUCUACGAGCGCGAGCCCGCCAUUACGACCAACCACCCAACAAUUUGCACAAAAAGCACGCCAACAAUCACAGACACUGCCGCCGCCGCCGCCGUCUUCGAUAGAUCGGGCCCGUCGGCCGUCGUCGUCGCACGCACAACAAUGCGUAAACCACGUGACAAAUCGUGAAGUCGAUUGGCGGACGCUGGUGUGUUCGGUACAGGAGAACUCGGUUCCAAAACAUCCCGAGUAUUCGACCCUCCUGUCGAGAUUGAAAACAUUCGAUUCACAUCCUCUUCGCUCGUGUCGAGACAAAUAUUCGUUGGCCGAAUGCGGUUUCACUUACACCGGGACGGGCGACUCGGUUCGAUGCUUCUACUGCGGGCUGUUGCUAUUGGAAUGGGAGGAAGACGACGAAGCUUGGCAACAACACGCCAUGCACAAUCCCAAGUGCGUAUACGUGUUGUUAUGCAAGGGCGUGAAAUUUAUCGAAUAUGCCAAAAAUGCACUUCAAAGUUGCCAAUGGAGAACCGAAAAGUAAGAUGCUGUCGGAUUACGUAUAUUAUAAUAAACCAAAUGCUCAUUGUAAUAGUGUAUGAUUGACUUACAUAAUUUGUAUAUUAAUUGUUAUUGAAUAAAUGACAAAUCUUAUAUCUAUA